AUGGCAAAGAGCGACGAGGAAGGGUUGGCCCAGGCUUUCAUUGACCUUGCAAACGCCGAGAAACAAGCUAUGGCGCUUGAGCGUCAUCUCUCCGAUGUGGAAAGGAAGAUCGAGUCGCUCCUUGCGGUCAUGGAGCCAAGCCAGGAAGUCGGAGACUCUGGGAUUGUCGCGGCUGUCGACAUGCAGUUGAAUGGGGGAGACACUGAGACCGGAACCGGGCCGGGCAAAUCUACGGGUUCCGAUAGGAAUUCGAAGUGA